AUGGUAACAAAUUGCAUUGACCACGCUAAGAGGUGCCAUGAGUGUCAGAUUCACGGUGAUGUUAUUCAUCUUCCAGCAAAUCCACUACACCCAACAAUAGCAUCCUGGCCAUUUGAAUGCUGGGGAAAAGAUAUAAUUGGUCCAAUAAAUCCACAAUCGUUGGCCGGACAUCGCUUCAUACUGGCAGCAACGGACUAUUUUUCCAAGUGGGCAGAAGUGGCUCCAUUCAGAGAGGUCACAUCGGAGCAUGUGAUCAAUUUCUUUACCCACAAUGUUGUCUAUAGAUUUACUGUGCCACGUCGCAUAAUCUCAGACAACGGUACGGCUUUAAAAAGUACAAAAAUUUACAAGUUCGUUAAUCGGGACAAAUAUGAUUGGCAAUAUUCAUCCAUAUACAAUCCAAGGUCGAAUGGAUUGGCAGAAGCCUUUAACAAAAUGCUUGUAAAAUUGUUGAAGAAUAUCCUCACCAAGAAUAAAAGAGAAUGA